AUGGCGAUCGAAGAACUCAUCUCAGACCCUACGCUACAGCCGCUUCUGGAAACGUCACGAACAACACUCAGCCAAACUCUGGCUGUUCUCUCAUGGCUGGAGGAAACCGCGGCCACCGCGAGCCCUAUUCUGGAACAAAAGCUCGAUCUGUCCGAACAACAGAAGAUCCUCUACGCAUACGUCGCUAAACUUCGUGGUCAACAUCGUCAAGCGGCGUUUGGAGCCAGGGCGACCAAACAGGAGACAGCAGAAGCGAGGCAGGAGGUCGACCGACUGUUACUACAGCUACAAAACCUCUACUACGAGCAAAGACACCUCAUGGGGGAGAUCGGAGCCUGCGAAGGCUAUGAUCAUGCAUACACACAUCUGCCACUUCUCUCACUCGAUGAAUAUCUUGCGUUGUUCCCCGACCAGGCAGGGCUUUCAGAGCAAGAGCUCAUGCCACUGAGGAUUGAGCAUGAGAAGCUCGAACGCGAAAAGAUGGAACAGCAACGGUUGGAGCUUGUCAAAAUCAAAGAUGCCUUGGUAAAGGAGAACACUCGAAAGAAAGAUGAGCUUAAGAAGAUGGAUGAGAAACUCGAGGCUAUAGUUGACGGUUUCACCAGCUUACAAGAAGCCUUGCAGAAGGAUUUAUGA